AUGCAAGAGAAUUAUCUAUUACAACCUCUAUUAAAAGAAUAAAAUAUCAUUUACAAAUCUUUUGUUUUUAGAUUAAUUGAUUAGAUGACUUAGAAGUAACCAGAAAGAUGUUGUGCUUUGGCUAUUAAUUAAAAUAAUAAUAUUUUGGCUGUUGGUUCUAGUUAUGAUAUAAAAUUGUAUUAAUUCAAAAAUGAAAGAUUAAAAUAUAUUCAAAAAGUAAAGAAACAUAAAUCAGUUGUGACAACAUUAAAUUUUAUGAAAAAUAAAUCAAAUUUAAUUUCUGGAUCAAUGGAUUCAUCAAUACUUAUAUGGACAUCUAAUUUUUAAAGUGAAAAAUAUAUAACAAAACUAUAGGUACAUUCAAAAUGGAUAAAUUGUUUAGUUACUCACUCAUUUAAAGAGUAAAUGAUUAUAUGUGGUUCUUUAAAAACAAUUAAAUUUUGGUAUUUUAAUGAAAUAUUAUCAACUUGGGUAAAUACAUAAACCAUAAUUGAACAUGAUAAUUAAAUUUAUGGAUUAUCAAUUAAUUAAAAUGGUAAUAAACUUUUAUCUUGUGGGAAUGAUAAUUAAAUAUUUAUAAUGGAAAGUUAAAUAAAUCAAGUAUGGUAAAUUAAACAAAAGAUUUAAGUAGAUUAUUGGGGUAUUAGAUUGGGUUUUAUAAAUGAUCAAACAUUUGCAUUUUAACCUUGCAAUGAUUGGAAUGGAUUCACACAUCUCAAUAUAUAUACUUAUAUAUCAACUCUUGGAGCUUACAUAAAAACAGAUUAAAUCAAAGUGGAAGGAAGUGAAUAAUCAUGUGAUGCUUUUUCACCUUAAUUCUACUCUAAUAAUAAUAUAUUGCUUUCCAAAAAUGGAUUUACUAUAAAUUUAAUAAAAUUCACAUAUUCUCAAUCUAAUUUAAAAUUGGAAGGCAAAUUAGUAUAAUCUAUUAAUUUCAACCAUUGGAAUUUAAUUGGAAUUAUGAGUGAAAAUGGAGAUUAUUUAAUUACUUGGGAUAAAAAAUCUUGUGAAAUACAAAUAAGAAAAUUAAAUAUUAUUUACUGA